AUGGCUGAUUAUCUGAGUGCGAGGGACUUGCUCUCUCUCCGUGCUGUUUCGAAAAAUAUGAGGACGUUGACAACCAAGGCUCUGGAGCCCGUAUGGAAUCGUUCACUACGCGUUAUUCGCACGGACUUUUCCAACCAGAGUCUUUCUCGGAUUCAUCGAAUUGCGCAGUGCGACGAAUUGAAAGACCACGUCAAAAUAAUGAGGAUUGAGCCACCCUUCGGUUUUCUAACCCCCCUUCAUAGAGUGACUAUGUAUGACCUGAUCAAGGAUCCUACCUCGGUUCCAAAGAUCAAGACCCUCAAGGAUGACCUUGUGCACUCACUCAAGAACUGCAGAAGCUUUGAACUCUGCCUCAGCUGGAAGGAAGGUAAUCUCACGUACCUAGACAGCGACGACGUUCUUAACAUCCUUUUUCACAUUUUCGUCGAGGCUGAGCUCCCUGUGGAAAAUCUGGCAUUGUAUACUCACCGGUCUACUGAGUUCCAGAGGCCCAAAAGAGCCCGCCCAUACACCCGAAUGCACAAGCAGCCAAACCUCGCCCGCGCCUGGACAGAGCUCGCUACCUUGCAGGUCACGCAGCCCUAUUUCUUUCACCUCGCUAAUUACCUCUACAGGAUUCUGCCCCAGGUCAUACAAACCGCGCCUCGGCUCGAGAGACUGAUCAUCAUUGGCGAUGCCAUCAGCGGCCAGUCCAGAGAUCUGGUCUCGCUGCUCAAGAACGUCAAACCUCUGGCGGAGAUCAAACAUCUUGAGAUCCAUCGUUCUGGUGUCGCUCUUGAGGACAUUCAAGAGUGGCUGCAGUUGAUCGGUGGUCAGUUACUGUCGCUGAUCUUCUCUCGGUGUUCUAUCAUCACGUCCGCUUCAUGGACUACGUUCCUCAGCUGCGUAAAGAGGACUUGUCCCCGCCUGGAGGCUGUUACCUUCGAAGAAAUGACCGUUGGCAUUGACUGCCUGACAGCACAGUAUGAAGGUGAGGAGGUGGCCGACGCGCUGGAUUAUGUGAUGCGGAAGUUUGAGGAGGCCAAUUUGGUAGAUUGA